CUCUCUCUCUCUCGCUUUUUUCUUUUCCCUUUCCUUCCUCCACCUGUUCCUCCAUUUGAUCCAUCAAUCCUUCAUUUAUUCUUCUUCUCACCCUGCUUACCUUGCUUGCUUCUUUCUUUUCUCCAUGACUGCUUUUUGGUUUGAUCUUUCCACGACCAUCUUCUCCGAUACUGCCGUGGGUUAAUCUCAGCUCUCCUUCUCCCCCUCUCCUUCUUCCUACUCCCUCCAUCUUGUAACCUCUCCCUCCUGAGAAACUCAUCACCCACCUAAAUUCCAUCGCAUUUUCAUUCCCCUCCUUCGAUCCACACCUAGAAGAAAUGGUUCACACAACCGGCGACGAGCGCGCUGUACACCUGACACGAGAGGCUAUUGAACUGGUCGACGCUGGACACCACGAGGCUGCCUCACGAAAUCUCCGAGAAGCCCUUGCCCUCGCCCCAGAUAACCCGACGGUCAAGGCGGCCUUCCUGAAAAUUCAGCAGGAUGGUGAAAAUGAUCAUCAUCUCCUGGAUCUCUGUCGUCGCUAUACCGCGCAAAAAGAUGAAAGCGCCGGCAAGGAUGCGGCCCUCUAUCUCCGCACAGAUGGACUCAUCCCCCCGGAGAGCGUCGCGGUAGAAUGUGCCAAAUUGCUGCUAUCAUCCCCGGCUUCGUCACUGUCCGCCUUGCAAGAUGAUGUGAUUUCCGGGUUGGUGCGCCAGAACCCUAGUGUGCGCCAACUCUUCUCCAGCCGCCUACAGGUUUCCGUCACCACCUUUUUCGACGACAUUUACGACCGGGGCGAUGCGUCCGCCGUGUGUCUCGAUACCGUGGUUCUCGAUCCCUCCGUCUGGCCGUCGGAGGACGCUCGUCUGCAUUGCGAGCGCGAGCUCUUCCAGCUGUUUAUCGCCAAGCUCAUGGAAUCCGGCCACGACAUGGACGGGCGCUCUCUCAAAGGGAUUGCCCGCUUACUCGCCGUCGAUGCCACUAAACUACAAGACCUCGUGGACGACGAGAGCCUGGAUGUCAUUGUCGGAUCCCUGGACUAUCGACUCCCUCUGGAAUGGAGGAGCCAGGCUACGCUCGCGACCGUCAAAUAUCUAGAAUCCUCCCAGGCGGUCGGGCAAACGCAGUUCUCCAACAUCAUUUCUGCGAAACUAGCCAAGUCUCGUACCGACGAGCUCAUUGUGGCCUUUUCAGCCACAGCGGCCAUUUUCCCCGUUGCGCCCGAGGUGGCCGCGGCCGUCUUUUUGUCCGACGGUUUCCUGAACUCGCUGAAAGCGCUCACGGGGAGGGAUGCCAAGAGUCGCAAAGUCGAGACGUCGGUUCUGGAAGUGCUCAAUGCUGCUUGUGUGAACACCGCGGCGCGCGAAGCUGUCUUCAAAUCCUUCUCUGACUGGCUCUCGCACAUUCUGACCAACGGCUGUGAUGAGAGCUCGGACUUGGCAGCGGUGAUUCUGGCCAAGGUCCGGGCUUCAAGGGACCGCCCGUCGGGUUCCAAUGGGACAGCUGCGGAGGGCGGCGAUGACAGCCAUGUCGCGGAGCUGGUUGACCGAUUCAAGGAGCUGAUGUCGAAACCCAAGAGUGAGAAUAUUUCGCAUGCCAUCGAGGGGCUCGCGUACGCCUCUGUCAAAGCGGAGGUCAAAGAACAACUCGCGACGGAUGCUGGGUUCCUGCGAGACCUGGUCAAGGUAUUGCAGGCCAACACCCACGACUCUUCAAUCCUGUAUGGCGGGUUGAUGGUCCUGGUGAAUGUCACCCAGUUCCUGCCCACUCUAUCGGAGGAACAGAAGAAGAUUUCCCAGCUGAAAUCCUAUGCGGAGGCGUCUCCCAACGCCACCCAGACGGGGCCCCCCAUCCUCGAGACUGAGACGCACGUGAUGGCGCGCUGUCGCGCUGUGGUCGAAGCCGGGGUCAUGCCGCUGUUUGUGGCUUGCGGGAAGACGAACAUGCGGUCAAUCCACGGCCUCAUCGCCAAGAUCCUGCUGUCCUUGUCCCGAAACUCCCAGACCAGAGGCACUCUUGCACAGCAAGGGGCGGUCAAGCUGUUACUGGGUCUCGGAACGGCGAGGCAAGGCAGCUCCGGUUCCAUCUCGCAGGAGACCGUCCAACACACCUCGCAUGCGCUCGCUCGCAUUCUCAUCUCUGUCGAUCCCGCGCAUGUAUUUCCGGCAUCCGGGUUCCCCCACAUCACGUCGGCCAUUCGCCCCUUGACGGCUCUUCUCACCAGCCCCGAGUCGUCCGUUGUCUCGGCCGAACAACCGGUCGAUAUGCUCCCUGUGUUUGAGAGUCUGCUCGCGCUCACCAAUCUCGCGUCGCACCCGGAUGCGGCCGCACCGGACGGCAUCGUCCGGCAGGCGUGGCCGGUGGUGGAAGACCUGCUCCUGUCGAAAAGCCCUCUGAUCCAACGGGCGGCGUGCGAGCUUGUGUGUAAUCUGAUGACGUGUGAGUCGGGGGUGGUCAAAUUUGCCGAUGGGACCAAGCGAGCGGCGCAACGCCUGCACCUUUUGCUGGCGCUCACGGACACGGACGAUCUGGCGACGCGACGAGCGGCCGGGGGGGCCUUGGCGAUGCUGACGGAGUUUGAUGCGGUGAUCGCAGCCAUCCUGGAUCGCCCCCGCGGCGUGCAGCUCCUGCUGGGCCUCUGUCGCGACGACGACGACGAUGGGCUGGUCCACCGCGGGGUUACCUGUGUGCGCAACCUGAGCUGUGUUGCGUCGGAUAAUCUCCGCCGUCGGGCCCACGAGGCUGUGAAGAAGGAGGGAGGGAUUGAGAUCCUGGGGAAUCUGCUGCAGUCGAAGGCGACGAAUCGUGUGGUGCUUCAAAUCGGGGUGGAAGCUCUGAAGCCUUUGGUGGAGGAGAAUAGCCGGGAUUAAUUUAUUUUUGAUCCAUUGAUGAUGUUAUGAGAGCCAGUUUUUUUUUUAUUAUUUUUCUUAUUAUUUUUGUUUAGCUACAGGGGAUCUGGAUGUUUUUUUUUUUUUUU